UGCUCUCGUGACUGGUGGCGGCGAGUCAGAGAUGGCGGCGUCCGCGGAGCAGGCGUGGACCUUGUUUGGCGCCGGUGUUCGGGCGGUGCUGGAGGCCUGGCCGGCGCUGCAGAUCGCCGUGGAGAACAGCUUCGGGGGAGCCCACAGCCGACAGAAGGCCCUGUGGCUAGGGGGUGUGGUCGAGGACUAUUUCAUCCAGAACGCUGACUUGGAGCAGGAUGAGGUGGAGGACUUCCUGGCUGACAUCAUGAGCACCGAAUUUGAUACCCUGGUAGAAGACGGAAGCCUACCCCAGGUAAGCCAACAGCUCCAGACAAUGUUCACAUACUGCCGGAGUGGUGAGGAACCUUUGCUCAGAGAGUUCAUCACUAAGAUGGGCAAGAAGCAGAUGGAGGUCAAAGCCACGGAGGUCCGAGCGGUAGACCAGACCAAGGACAGCGACUCAGACCAGGAGGAAAGAAUUGAUGGGGAAGCCGAGGAAAUGGAGGUUACUGAUGGCAUGGAGGUCCCUGCCCCACCCUGUGGUUCCCAGGCUGGACCAUCAGCUGCCACUAGCCUGGCCUCAGUUGGGCAUGAAGCUACUGAAGACGGCUGGAUUGUCAUCCAGAGGAAGAAGAAGUGAGCUUAGCCUUUCCCCGAUGGGCUGGGCCUUCCUUUCCAGGUGUGCUCCAGGACCUACCUCUGGGGGAAGAGCAUCUCUUGAGCCUCUUGCACAUCUAUGAAACUGGCCUAGGGCACCCAAAGGGGCCCCAGUGUGUGCAGAGUCUACUUGAGAGCAUUGGGUGCUUGGCUCUGACAUUGAGCAGUGUCAUGUGAUUUUCAGCAAGUCACCUGACAUCUUGGGCCUCCAUUUCUUUCUCUGUAAAUGGGGACAAUAAUGGCCUCCCAAGAUUGGAGGGAUAGAUAUUGACUUUGCGGUGCUUUACAGGAACUUGGGGGGGGGGUAAAAAGAUGAAGUGUCAAAAGUUUUCCCAGCCUUUGUUCACCCCCCCCCCCCAACCUUCACCAGGUAACACCUGCUCCAAAUUAGGGCCAAUGAUGGGACAGAAGCCUCACGGGCCAUAGUCCCCUCUCAACAAGUGGACAGCUCCUUUCACUCACCUUUACUGAUACAGCCUCAAACCUCAUUUUCUUCCCUUUUCCUCCCCAAUCCACUCUCACCUCAACUAAAGUAACCAAAGUAAUCUUCCCAAGGGUCAGGCGUGGCUGUCACACCUGCAUUCCAAAACAGUGGCUCCUUCUUCCUUCUAGGAUCAAUUACAAAGUGCUCAGCCCUCCCCAGUCUUCCUUUCACUUGACUUUUGGUGCUGAUGGCUCUGCCAGCUCUUCCCCAUCCUUGGACUCCCUUCCUUCCCUAAGUUGAAGACCUUAGUCUCAGUCCUGACUGUCGAAGCUGCCUGGUAGACUUAACCAGGCCAUGGGCCCCCUUCGUCAUAGGGACACUUGGUGUUCUCACUUAGAGUGAGCUUGAAGGUUUGCAGAGUGAAAGCUGCCUGUGGGGGGAGGGCCUGGAGUCCUGGGCACUCACACUCACUAAUCAGUGCUUGUGGGAUUGAAAUGAACUGAGUUGGAAGUGAGUUGGGAGGUUUUUCUUUGUAUGCCCAGUGCUUAGCAUACAGUUGGUGCCUAAGAAAUGCUUUCUGACUUGUUUGCAAACUGGUCCUCCAGCUUCGGACGAGCUGCAAGGAGGAGGAACUCCCAAGCUCUCCAGGCGGCAGCAUGUUCUCUUUGAGAACUUUUCCACCUGACCUGCACUUUUGUGUCUUCCACACCCACCGCUUCCCUCUCCAUCUGCCUUUCCCCGAGGCUCCACUUCUGCUUUGGGUUACUGCCAGAUUAUCGGCCUCACUCAGACAGUGAUCGGUACACAGUAAUCAGGCUUCCUUGGAACUGUAACCAAAACUGUAUUUUUGCAUUAAAACAAAACA